AUUGAAGAAGUUGUAGAGGAAUCAGCAGGUGCAUUGGCCUUGAUUGUUAUGUAGCCAAUUGGGGCCGAAGCGGUUGGGAAUAAGGAAAUGGCAGUGUCAGGAUUAAUAGGAAUGAUGCAGUGUGGGAUAGCGAGAGGGAAAGAAAAUGUUGUAGGAGCUUUGCUUGAGUUGUGUCGGAGUGGUGGGACAGUUACAACUGAGAGGGUGUUGAAGGCACCAGCAUUGGCUGGUUUGCUUCAGACUUUGCUCUUCACAGGAACAAAGAGCACAAGGAGAAAAGCAGCAUGUUUUGUAUUAUGUGCACACUGUUUGUUGCAGAGUAUCCAAUGCAUGAUGCUUAAUUUAGAUACACAUGGAAGGGAAAAGUUUAUAAUUUAACCAUCAGUUUUUUUUCUAAUGCCUUCAAGGUAAUUUUCCUUGGGAAUUUUGUCAAGUGUCUUCAGAUUCUUUUAUCAAAAUUGAAGUAGCUAUUUGUUAAAUGGAAUGGAAAAUUACGUCUUUUGGAACAAAUUAAAAAUAAUGGUAGUUCAGGACUACUAUUUUGUCACCAUUUUGUUUUUAGUCUAUACUUGACAAAAUAGAGAACAUCUAUCUCGAACAAAUUUCACCAAAUUUGCAUUCAAAGAACAUCUGUUCCGGUUAUUAUUCCUUCUUGGAGUGAUUUUGGUCUAUCAUUGUGCUUCCUAGUAGUACUGUGUACGUAGAAAGUGUUUUUUUAGCAUUUUAUGUCUGACAAUUUAUGAUGUUGCAAAAAUUAAAUUGACCGAACUCUGUUUUUCAUGCUACAGGUAGAAACGACAUUGAUUUUGGCUGGCAUUGGGGGCUAUACAUCACUCUGUUCUUAGAAAAACUUGUACAAUUAAUGUGUAGCCUUUGUCUAUAGAUGCAAUGUGUACCUUCAGAGAUGAGAUUUCACGAAGCUUGUGCUUAAUGGACUGCCCACCCAGCAGCAACAACAAGAAAACUUUGAAGAGGAAGUUUUUCAUAGACAAAAGGGUUGGGUGAAGAAUAUUCAACAUUUGGCAUAUACCAAGUCCCACUUUCAUACCAAGUAGCGAUUAUAUAUCAUACAUUUUUCUUUGUAGUAAAAACCUUCAGCAAGUCAUUUGGACCAGAUGGAUUUGAAAUCAACAAAUGUUUCUCCUAUUCUUACUAAUCCUAUACUGAUAAACAAGUCUAAACUUGGAAUACAUUCGAGUCAUACACGUAAUCAGGAGCAUCAUUCUCUUCUGACAUGCUAACAAUUCCAAGAAAGAAACCAAGAAAGCUUGAUGACUUUCAAUCCAAUGGUUGGCUUGAUGCCAUUAAAUCUUCUUCACCUCCUAGCAAGAAGAUACUUAAAAACUGCAAUGUUGAGGUGUCUUUAGAUGAUAGUGAUAUUAGAUAUUGCUUCUGGAUGCUGAGGUAUCCAUCGGCCCUCAACUCCUUUGAGAAAAUCAUAACUCGUGUGAGGAAUAAGCAAAUGGUGAUGUUUUUAGAUUAUGAUGGGACUCUUUCACCAAUUGUAGAUGACCCUGAUCUUGUCUUCAUGUCUGACGAGGUUUAUGAUUUGGUGGGACUAACAGAGCUUUACUAUGCCAGUAAUCAUGGUAUGGACAUCAUGUGCCCAGUCAAAGAUAGUGUAUCUGCUAAAACAUCAAAUUGUAUUAAAUUUACUGAUCAGUAG